AGUGUGUGCAUUUGUUGUUUGUACCCGCAAAGUGUUCCUUCCAUCAUAUCCUUCACAGAGAGGCAUUGCAAUAAUGUCAAAGCAAGGUCAAUCAAAUCCUACUACGGGAGGAGGAGGACAGAAUAGAGGGAAUACAGGACAAAACAAUCGACAACAAGGGCCAAGACAUAGUCAAAGUACAGGUCAAACACACGGGUCUGCACCACCACGAGUGAAUGCAGCAGGACAACAGAAUAAUAACAGAACGAGUAAUGGCAACGGAAAAGGUGCAAAUGCAAAACCAUUAGGUGCCAAUCUACCAGCAACACCAACCCCACAAACAAAAGACGGAAUCAAUCCAGCCGUUCUAACGGAAUUGAAAGGUGCAACUUCUCAGCCUGUUCGACUACACUUGCAAGGAGGAGAAACACAGACCGGCCUUUUGUAUUCUUACGAUGUAGGAAUGGAAAUUGUGGCAUUAGAGAUACCAAAAGCAUUCUUGAAAGCAUUAACGGAAUCAAACAAGUCAGACCCUUCAGCAUACCCUUCCACAGCAGCAUCCUAUCCAACCGCACUUUCUUCUAGCGUCAAAUUGGCCGCUCAAGGUGGAGAUUCAACAAGUGCAAAGACGAAUUUUGAGAUCAUACCACUGAGAAGGGUACAAAGAGUUGAACGAUUACAAGCAGCAAAUGCAGCCAGUGCGAAUGGAAAUAUCAGUCAAACUGCAAUGCAAGCCUUGCACUCUUCGAAGUUGACACCGGUCAAAAAGGAUAUCAAUGUUGCCGCUGCUGAAGCACGAGAACGGGCAGCAACAGCCGAAGCAUCAAAAAGAGCAGCGAAGAUUGGUGUUGGAGUGAGCAAGCUUGGUCAAGAUGUGUUUGAUGGAUUGAGCAAGACCCUACCGUGCAGAUGGGCAGAUCGACAUAUCAUCGUGAUGGAUGAAUUUGCCAUCUCGCCAGACAAAUACGAUACAGCCACAAUUCCAAACGUACCUCUUACCACUUUACAGGCAAUUGCAGAAGGUAGAGAAGUUGAAGGAGCUCCGGAUGAAGCACGUGGUCAGGCAACAAGAUGGCAAAGAGUGACAAAGGUAUUGGAAGGAGAAAGAAAGAAGAUUUUGGCAAAUGCAAAUGCAACAGUAACAGCAAAAUAGAGGAACAGGAACAACGAAGCUCUAUCAAAUGCAUCCCCUCAUCUUUACACUAUUUUUCUGCAAGAAUAUCAAAAGUUUAAGUGCCAUUGUCUAAUUUACAGCACAAAUGUAUAGUAUCAGUCUUUUUCAGUGAAUACAUUUCACACUCAACUUCAUCCAGGUAUAUUCUCUCGUGAUCAGGUCGAACGGAUGGCGGGCGGGCAAGACUUAGUUGCAUUUCUCCAUCGCCACAGAG